AGAGUAAGUAAACAAAGAGAGUCUGUCAUUUUUACGUACUUGUAGGUUUUCUGUCGGUGGGUUAAAGUAUUAUUUUCGAUAUUUUGAUUUAUUUUUCGUUAUCGUCUGAUUGAGAUGGAUGUGCAAGGAGCAUUAAAUGCUCCCCAUUUACGCGUUAAAAUUGUAGCUAUAGUACACUUUAUCUUUAUUGUCUUUGCGCUUCAAAGUUAUUGGUUGCCGUCAGCAUAUUCAUUUUACAAUCAAAUUUAUAUUCUUUCGCUGUUUUGGUCAAUCCACUGCAGGGAAUCGAUUGACGCCGUUCAUCUGGCGUGUCUUAUCAAUGCAUCGAGUUUUGUAUUUGAUUUAAUAGGAAUAAUUGGAUACUUUCCAGACAAUGGAGGAAUUUUCUCAGUUGUAUUUGCUAUGUUCAACUUGGCCCUUCGACCGUUUACAUUAUUAGUACUUCACAGAGAACUGAUUGAUCGUGGCGGCAGCUUGAUGCUUAUUACACAAGGAUCCGGUGAAAGGCCAACGAGUUAUGAGGAUAUUGACCGCCCGCAUCAAUCGUUUUCCCCAAACGUGUAAAAAGCAUGUUGAACGUUUACUAACUUUUGAUUCAUAAUUAUACCAGUGUGAUAUUACAAGGAUGAAUAGUGUCAUGAACAAAAUGCUCAUUAUACGGAAAAGGUUUUUUCAAUCGCCAUGCUUGUUAUAUUUUAAAACCUACUCUAUUGGCUUAGAAUUAGUUUCGGUAUGUGCAAUAAAUUGUUCCCAAUAACGCAUCUAAAUUUUAA